AUGGUGGGCCGCAAGUUCAAGGAUAUGGAUAAUUUUGUUCCAACUAUCAGCGACAGCGAAAACGAGGUCCCUGACCUAGACGAUUCUGAUGAUGAGACUGUCCAGAAGCCACUGGAAAACGUUAAGAAGGCUAAGAAGACUAAAAAGAGCAAACAGAAGGUUGAGAAUAAGGAACUCGAUGAAGACGUUCACGAAGAUCUAAAUCCAGGCUUCAAAUUUGAUCUCGACGGUUCUGAAGUAACAUCUGGGUUCGAAGGCUGGAAUUUCGAGGGUGAUAAAAAAAGCUCUGACGAGACUAAGGAUGUCGAUCUGGAUGGUAUCAUUAGACGUAAGGGUGGACUGAUUCAAAUAGCGGGUACUGAGAAUGGCGAAAGCGAAGCCGAGAGUGAAGAGGGAACAGAUGGCGAAGAAGCUAGCGAAAGUGAUGAGGAGGACUUGGCUAUGGACGGAUUUGGGAUGGGCGUCCCCGAGAAUGUGAAAGCAGCGCAAGAAGAAGAAGAAGAGACAAGCGACGCCGAGUCUGAAAGUAAUGAUUCUGCCGAGAGCAACAAUGCUCAUGCUAAUGAGCCAGAAAACGAUUCAGAAGCUGAGGCUGGAGGUGAAGAUGAUACUGAAGAAGCUAAAGCCGAAUUCUACGCUCCUGAUGAGGAGAGUACAGAGGCUAGGAAAAACGUUCAUACAAAUUUCAAUUCACUUUCGCUGUCGCGCCCUGUUCUGAAAGGUCUAGGAGCCCUCAACUAUGUGAAGCCCUCUCCGAUUCAAAGUGCGACGAUUCCAAUCGCUCUCUUGGGAAAAGACAUUAUUGCUGGUGCCGUUACAGGUUCUGGUAAGACUGCCGCCUACAUGAUCCCCAUCAUUGAGCGUCUUCUAUACAAGCCAGCACAAAUUGCCUCCACUCGCGUGAUUGUCCUUGCCCCAACCCGUGAAUUGGCCAUUCAGGUCUCAGAUGUGGGUAGCAAACUGUCCAAGUUUGUAAGCAACAUCAAUUUUGGCCUUGCAGUCGGUGGUCUGAAUCUAAGACAACAGGAACAAACUUUGAGGUCUCGGCCAGAUGUUGUAAUUGCGACCCCCGGUAGAUUGAUUGACCACAUCAGAAACUCUGCCAGUUUUAAUGUUGACUCUGUGGAAAUUUUGGUCAUUGACGAAGCCGAUCGUAUGUUAGAAGAGGGGUUCCAAGAAGAACUAAAUGAAAUUAUGUCGUUAAUCCCAAGCAAAAGGCAAACUUUAUUGUUUUCUGCCACCAUGAAUGCUAAGAUCAAUCAGUUAAUAUCACUAUCACUGAAGAAGCCAGUCAAGAUCAUGAUAGAUCCUCCCAGACAAGCAGCCGCAGAGCUUACGCAAGAAUUCGUUCGUAUCCGUAAGAGAGAAGAUCUCAAACCAGCUUUGCUGUUUCACCUAAUAAGAAAACUUGACGAUUAUGGACAAAAGAGAAUUGUUGUAUUCGUUGCAAGAAAAGAAAUGGCACACAAAUUAAGAAUCAUUUUGGGUCUUUUGGGAAUGAAGGUUGCAGAGCUUCAUGGUUCUUUGUCUCAGGAGCAAAGAUUGCAGGCCGUCAAUGGCUUCAAAUCUCUCGAUGUUCCAGUACUGAUAUGUACAGAUUUGGCUUCCAGAGGUUUAGAUAUUCCCAAAAUCGAGUACGUGAUAAAUUUUGAUAUGCCAAAGUCCUACGAUAUUUAUCUUCACAGAGUCGGUCGUACCGCUAGAGCUGGUAGAGAAGGUCGGUCUAUCACCUUUGUGGGUGAAUCCUCGCAAGAUAGAAACGUGGUAAAGAGUGCCAUAAAAUCUGCCGAGGAGAACAAAAAACAAGAUACGGUUGUUGGUAGAAUGAUUGACUGGAUCAGAGUUGAGGAGAUCAACAGUCUCAUCUCGAAUAAGGAUGAAACCAUUAGCGAGAUUCUAGAAGAAGAAAAAGAGGAGAAAGAAAUUCUGAGAGCGGAAAUGGAAGUUCGUAAAGGCCAGAACAUGCUGAAACAUAAAGACGAAAUCAAUUCUAGGCCAAGAAGAACCUGGUUUCAAUCAGAAGCGGAGAAGAAAAAUUCUAAGGUUAUUCAAGCUUUAUCCAAGAAUAAGAAGACUGUUAACAGCAAAAAGAGAAAGCGCAUGGAGGCCACUGAAGACCGCUCCCGUUCAUAUAAGAAGACCAAAAAUGACCGGAGUACUGACCAGCAGAGAACUUAUGCCAAACAAAAGGCGAAAGUCGACGCCAAGAAAAAAAAGUUAGCCCGAAAAUAA